UACAUCUUGGUUGCUCUAUAUUAUCGCACCAGGAAGCUUCUUUCUUGUAGGCAAAAAGUGCAACCCUGAAUCGUCGAAGUAGGCAUUUGAUUCCUAUGUUACCGCUUCGUUAUACUUAUUUCGAUACAGCGGUUGUCUUUGUCGGAUAAACCAAUCGGAUAAGUCAUUCCUGAGUUCUGGAAAGACUGGAAGUGUGGAGUUAUCCAGAGUGUUCAUAGACGAGGAAACCAUUUUAAGGCCUCGAUUUUUCGUUUUUAGUUGCAUAACAAAAUUCUUUUCCGUCUUGGAUUGACCUAUCGUCUAUCUAGUUCUUUGGCUCUUACACUCUUAUUCGAAAUAGUUGGCAUUAUAACAGUUUAUUGUCGGUGUUCAGUUUCACUCAUUGUCCUCUUAGAACACACUUGGAUAUAACAUCUUACGAAAGCUAUUACGAUUAAGGUAUUCAUCUUGUCUGGAUCCUUUUCCAAGCCGACAUGAAUCAUUUGGCUGCACUUUUUGUUUUAAUCCUGGUUCAGCUGACACCCGUCUCGACAGCUAAUAAUGCUACAGUUACAGUUUCCACCCUUUCCACUGUCUUGAGUACUACAAGUCCUAUAAAAGAAAGAUGUGUUCAAGCACAUGGGAAUGCCCCGGAAGUUUUGAUAAACCAAUCUUGUAAACCUUACGAAUAUUCCGAGAAUGGCUUCUGCAAAGACAUCAUAAAAGACCGAAACGUCUAUGGUGACAACCAGAAAGAAAUGGAACAAAGCCUGCAGAGGGUAUUAAUAGGGAAACGUAUGCUCGAAGGAUAURUCCCAGUAUCGGUCAGAGAUUCCUGCAUAGAGAUCUUCAACCAAACCUAUUGCCAGUACAGCUUUCCAAUGUGUGAUCUUACCUCGUCGUUGCCAAAAGCCAGGCCGGUUUGUCGGGAGUCCUGUGAAGAUGUGUACAAGCGGUGUGAUAAGGAGAUAGAAUUGUUGAUAGGAUUCAACACAGAUCGACUGAAAGAUAAAAAUACUGGGAACGCUUAUCCUUAUUACUGGAAUAUCAUUAAUUGUAGCGUGGUUGAAUACAGGAACGGUGGUGAUCUUCCAGAAUGCUACUUUAGCAGGCAUCUCAACACUGAGACAGAUAAGCUGGAAAGCAGUGACUGUUACUAUGGCAAYGGUCUUGGUUACCGUGGUAACGUAAGCGUAACAAGGUCAGGUCACGUGUGCCAAUCCUGGUCAUCUCAGUGUCCUCAUCGUCACAAUCAUCCUUUGUCUGAGUAUCCAGAGCUGGUCAAUGCGUCCAACUGGUGUCGUAACCCUGGAGGUCAAGGACCCCAUGGACCUUGGUGCUACACCACUAAUAGUAGUAUGAGAUGGGAGUACUGUGAUGUAGAGAAAUGCCCUCCUCCAGCACCCACUCUUGCACCAGAAAUCACAGAAGCCUAUUCCAUUGGUCCAAGCAAAGUCAUGAUAAAGUGGAAUCCAGUCCCUUUACCAUUCAUGCACGGUGAGCCCCGUGGAUUUCGAAUCAACGUGUUCCGUUUCCGCCAAGUGUUAAGGAGCAAUAGAACGGGUCCAAACACCACAACCUUUGAGUACAGAAACUUGCAGGCCUUGACAAACUAUAGUAUAUCAGUACUGGCUUUCAAUGAUGCUGGGGAUGGACCUUGGAGCAAACGGGUUUACGUGGAGACAAUGCCAAAGAAUUCUGUUACUGCUAGUUAUUCAUUGAACCUUACGUUUCCACUUCCAAGUCGCAACUUUAAGGAUAGGAAAAACUUGAAGGACAAAAAACAUUUGUUUUCAAGAAAUUUGGCAUUUGUUUUCAAGAAAUUGGUUUUGGGGCUAUUCAAUAAAAGCAGAAAGCCUGAUGGUUACAACAUUUAUCAAAUGAAGGUUACAGAAUUCACUAAUAUUGGCAACAGCACGUAUCACGUAAAAUUCGACAUCACAGCUGAGCUCAAAGGACGGUCAGCUUUKUCUGUUGUACAGGAUAUCACUGGACGACUCUUACGACUUUCCCACGGAAAUGCUGCGUCUAAAGAGUUUCAGAUCAACUCCAUUAAUGUCAAAGCUCCACCUCCCCCUCCAGCUAAUCUGAGUAGCAGUGACGUGAAAAUGACGACAGUGACACUUCAUUGGUCAGCUCCCUUGUAUCAUGGACCAUAUAGAAUCCUUAACUACACCGUACAGUACAAGAAGGCAGGUACAGACAUGGAGUACUACGAUGAUACCAUUGUGAACUCUGAUAAGACCAAAGUCACCGUAAAGAAUCUAGACGCGGGUAAAAAAUACCUGAUGCGUGUGAAGGCUGUUAAUGCUGAAGGUUAUAAAGCUAGUGAACCAAUAAACGUGAAGACUAAAGAUAGCAGCAAAGUAGAAGUAAUGGCCAUCGUUCUUCCCCUUGUUGCCAUCAUCAUUGUCCUGCUUAUCGGUGGAGUUGUAUUUGUGAGACGAAAACGAACGGAAAAUAAGGAGAUGCAGAAGAAACUUGAAAAGUUACGAGAAAACCCAUACGAUUCGGCUGUAGACUGGUUUGGUGUUCUUAAGAUCAAGAUUGCUAAACAAUGGUGGGAGAUACCACGUGACGACUUGAUACUCGAUUUAGAGCUUGGGUCUGGAGCCUUUGGUGUCGUGAUGAAAGGCUACCUGACAAAGAGUGAAGAGGAGAGGAAAGAGGAGCGUAUAGUUUGUGCUGUAAAGAUGUUGAAAGACAAUCCAACAGAACGAGAAUUGCGUGACCUGUGUAACGAAAUCAACAUCAUGUCAUCUGUUGGGGAUCAUCCAAACCUGGUCAGUUUGAUCGGAGCGUGUACGAUCAAUGGUCCUCUCUGGUUGGUGGUGAAGUUCGCACCAAAUGGUUGUCUUCUUGACUUYCUAAAAGACAAUCGCCCUGCACCUGAGUACCAAAACACAAGUGACUUGAGUCCAAAUCAACCAAGACCKACUAUUGUAUUAUCUGAAAGGGAGAGAAUGAGGUUUGCGUAUGAGAUCGCUCAGGGGAUGGCUCACCUCGAGAGACACAGGUACAUUCACCGAGACUUGGCGGCUCGUAACGUCUUGCUUGGUAAAAACAUGGUUGCCAUGGUUUCUGACUUUGGUAUGUCACGUGAUAUCUACGAAAUUGGAGUGUAUGAGAACACGGCAGGGGGUCUUCUUCCUGUUCGUUGGAUGGCCCUGGAAUCUCUACAAGACUACACCUAUACCAGCAAGUCCGACGUAUGGUCCUUCGGCGUUCUCUUGUGGGAAAUCGAAAGUGGAGGUUUGAUGCCUUAUGCUGGGAUGUCUGGUACAGAAGUUGUUGAAAGACUGCGUCAGGGAUACAGACUAGAAAGAUCCAGUAAUACAUCGCGUGACAUGUAUGAAGUGAUGUGGCAGUGCUGGAACCCAGAUCCAAACAAAAGACCAACAUUUGCUGAUCUGGUCUACAAUAUUGGUGGACUCUUUAACAUGUCUGUGGAUUUUGAAGRCACUGCAAUAAUGCCAGACAACAACAAGGUUGAUUCCAAACCAGAAUCACAAAACAAGACGGAGAARACUUCCCUUGCAUGGCCAUCAAAGUUUGAGUUGAAAAGUCUUAAUUUUAUCGAGCAGCAGGACAUUGAUAUGUAAGGAACAUUGGACAUCCCUCUAGAGUCAUUCGUGUCAUUAUAUAAAUAUCUGAUUGCUGCUAUUGUUGGGCUUGCAGCCAAAUAUCCCUUUGUCUUUGAAGCCCUAUAUUCUCAUGGA